UCCCAGUUCUGAGCUAAACAAAGCGCUAUAGAGAAAUAGAACUAACCUGCAAAGAGGGGGCAAAAAUCAGGCUUCAGACGCAUCAAAACCUUCGAGGAAAAAAGUUUGCAUAUUCCAGAUAGCAGCGCCAUCAUUAUUUAACAGGAUUAGCACCCUGAUUCAAAGUUGAACCUGUUUUUUGUUUGUUUUUGUUUUUGUUUUUUUGCAGAGCAGGAGUGGCUAAAGGCUGCAGUUCAGAUCAGAUUUCACUCAGACCAGCUGGGAAAGAGAGGGCUUGCUUUUCCGCUGGUCACACAGAGAGAUCCGAAGGAAUUUCCAAGGAUUUAGCUCCAGCCUGAAGGAUAAGUGUUGUUCUCUGUUGGAGGUGACGCAGACGACGAGGAGGUUGAGAUGGAUGAUCAGCCCAGGUUGAUGCACUCUCAUGCGGGGGUCGGGAUGGCUGGACACCCCGGCCUGUCCCAACACAUGCAGGAUGGCACAGGGACAGACGGUGAUGGCAGAAAACAGGACAUAGGAGACAUUUUACAGCAAAUAAUGACCAUUACAGACCAAAGUCUGGACGAAGCACAGGCCAGGAAACAUGCGUUAAAUUGUCACAGAAUGAAGCCUGCUCUUUUCAACGUCUUGUGUGAAAUUAAAGAAAAAACAGUGCUGAGUAUCCGGGGGGCCCAGGAGGAGGAGCCCCCAGACGCCCAGCUCAUGCGUCUGGACAAUAUGCUGCUGGCGGAAGGUGUCUCGGGUCCUGAGAAAGGGGGCGGAUCAGCAGCAGCGGCUGCGGCAGCUGCAGCCUCCGGUGGAGCUGGAUCGGACAACUCCGCCGAGCAUUCAGACUACAGAGCCAAGCUGACACAGAUCCGGCAGAUCUACCACACCGAGCUGGAGAAAUACGAACAGAUGGUAUCCAAGGGCGGAAGGAGUGGCAAUCAGAAUUUCACAGGAAAUGCUGGCUACGGAAUGCAGGCAUGCAAUGAGUUCACUACCCAUGUGAUGAACCUCCUGCGAGAGCAGAGCAGGACUCGACCCAUCUCCCCGAAAGAGAUUGAGCGCAUGGUCGGCAUUAUCCAUCGCAAGUUCAGCUCCAUUCAGAUGCAACUGAAGCAGAGCACGUGUGAGGCUGUCAUGAUCCUGCGCUCACGAUUCCUUGAUGCAAGGAGGAAGAGACGGAACUUCAACAAGCAGGCAACAGAGAUCCUGAAUGAGUAUUUCUACUCACACCUCAGCAACCCCUACCCCAGUGAGGAAGCCAAAGAAGAGCUGGCAAAGAAGUGUGCCAUCACCGUUUCACAGGUAUCGAACUGGUUUGGUAAUAAACGAAUCCGGUACAAGAAAAAUAUUGGGAAAUUCCAAGAGGAAGCCAACAUAUAUGCUGCCAAAACUGCCGUCAACGCCACCCAUGUGUCGGCACAUGGAAGCCAAGCCAACUCCCCAUCCACUCCAAACUCUGCAGGUUCUUCCGGUUCUUUUAACAUGUCAAAUUCCGGAGACUUGUUCAUGAGCGUGCAGUCACUCAAUGGGGAUUCUUACCAGGGGGCCCAAGUUGGAGCCAACGUGCAGUCACAGGUGGAUACCCUUCGCCAUGUUAUCAGUCAGACAGGCGGAUACAGUGAUGGACUCGCAGCAAGCCAGAUGUACAGUCCGCAGGCCAUCAAUGCUAACGGAGGCUGGCAAGAUGCUACUACCCCCUCAUCAGUGACAUCGCCAACAGAAGGACCUGGGAGUGUUCACUCUGAUACCUCCAACUGAUCUCUUAGCAACGGAACCCCCAUUAGAUGAUGGGAUUUCUCCCACAUAAACCAAUCAGAGCCGAGGUCAACUAACCAAUAACCACAUAGGAUGUCCUUCCUCUUGGAGUGCAUACUUGUUUUUUUUUUUUUUUUUUUUAUAAGUAAUAAUAA